AUGCAGGGUCUGAUGGGGGAGGGCAAAUCACAGUUCCCUUUGAAAGGGGGUAACAACUCGUUACCCACUCCUAACAAUCAACCAAACACCAUUUAUCUAUCCGAACAGGGUGUGUACCAACUCAUCUUCAAGUCGAAGUUAAAGUCUGCAGUGAAAUUUCAGGAGUGGGUCUUUGAGGAAGUCUUACCUUCCAUUAGGAAAACCGGCACAUACUUCCUCCAACAGAGAAAGCAGUUUGUCGCUAAAGAGUCACCACCACCUAUCCACCCAGUUGCAAACCAAAUGGUAUUGCUUAAUGAGGAUGACCUACACUUCCAGGUGGUGGAGUACGUCAGGGAGUACCACCCCGAAGCGCUAACUGUUGCUGGCCUUGGUGAAUAUUUCAGUGACGGUGUUGUGAGAGUUGAGUGUACGAGAAAGGUUACAUGA